AUGGGGUUUGAUGGUAGAUGGGUAAAUCUGGUCAUGCAUUGUGUUUCUUCGGUCAAGUACUCUUUCAUUAUUAAUGGCAGGAGGAAGGAAUUACAUGGGGCGAAAGCAAGUAGAAGUGGUCCUGCUAUAUCACGUCUCUUGUUUGCAAAUGACAGUUUACUUUUUGCUAGAGCAACUCGACAUGAAUGCAAAGUGAUAGUUGAUUUACUUAACAAAUAUGAAGUAGCAUCCGGACAGAAAAUUAACUAUGAGAAGUCGGUUGUGUCCUUUAGCAGAGGGUUCGGGGAAUUAUUCUUGGAGAAGUAUCUGGAGUGUGCGAAGGCUCUUGUGAAGGAGGGACUAAUUUGGUGGAUAGGCAAUGGAACUAACGUCAAUAUUUGGCUUAACUCGUGGGUAGCCGAUGAGGAAGGGAGGUUCAUUACGAGCACAGCAGUGGAAGGGCUGAAUCAUGUAAGUGAAUUUGUGAACUUUUCGAAGAUGGAGUGGGACGAAGCGCUGAUUUCUUCAAUUUUCAAUGAGAGGGAUAAGAAGCCUCUAAGUAUGAGAGCUUCGAGGGAUGAGCUUACUUGGCUUUUUCUAAUGAUGGCUUCCCCAAAGGUGCGUCAUUUCUUUUGGCGUGCUUACACGAGUACUCUCCCAACUAAGAAGGUGUUGCAGUCUCGCCAUUUGAUUGAAUUUGCUGAGUGCCCUUGGUGCGGUUUAGAGGAAGAAUUAACUGCACAUGCUCUAUUUGGAUGUGUGCGGGUGUGUGAAUUAUGGGUUGAGAGUGGUUGCAGCGCUGCAAUCCAACAGAGAAGGGAGAGUAUGUGUGAUACUUUAGUGCGGUGGGGGCAAAUUAGGGCAAAGGUGAAGCAAAGAGCUGCCUUCCUUGCGUGGGUAAUCUGCACUAAGAGAAACAAUAAGGUAUUUGCUAGUACUUGCACUCCAAAUGAGAUUCUGCUAGCACGAGUUCACAGGUUGGUGGAGGAUUUUGGGUUGUAUAGCAAGAAGAUAUAUGCAGUAGCUCCUAGGAGACCAAAGGCUAGCAGCAGCAAGUGGGUUGCACCUCCUGCAGGGAAAGUAAAGCUCAAUUCUGAUGCCUCUUUAAGUGACGAAGGGUGGGAUGGCUUGGGAGUGGUAGCUCGGGAUCAUAAUGGCACAGUUAGAAGGAUUCGUGCAUGGUGUCCCUUGGAGAUUGCAGAAGGCAAAGCUCUUCUUUUGGCUGUAAAACUUGCACAACAGUAUGGCUACGAAGAUGUAAUUUUGGAGUCUGAUUCUUUGGUCCUCAUCAACCGAUUUUCGAAAGCUCUUGUGUUUUAUUUUGAUUGUGUUCUAGAUGAUCUUCUGUCUUUAAGUAGUUUGUUUAAGUCUUUUCUUUGGUCACAUGUUAAAAGGGAUGACAACUAUGUAGCCCAUCACCUUGCUAAGCUAAUGUCGUUUGCACCUGAACAAGUCUGGGUUAAUCAUUGCCCGACGGUGAUUUCCCCUUAUGUACUCUCGGACACUUUGUCCCUUUAA